AUGAUAUUAUCAGCUGACAUCAAAGAGCAUGACGCCUCUAGCUGCCGAAUCCCACAGCAUGUUUUCCGAUGCCGAAAGAGAAAAGAACCUUCUGCGUCGAUAUGCCGCGGCAUCCCCCAGCUAUCAUACCCGGAGCAUCCGUUAUCUGCCGGUAUCGGAGGGCAUGAGAUCCCCGGUGGAAAACGUCAACAUCCUCCAGAGAUAGAUGACGAAAAUCAGGUCGAAAAUUCUUUUCAGUGCUCACCCCUGCCGUCUCCCGCUACGUGUGCUCACCCUCGAAGUGCCAUAACAAUAAUCAUCGGUGAUAUUGCAUAA